CUGCCAUCAUGAGGAACAUCUUCAAGAGGAAUCAGGAGCCCAUUGUGGCUCCUGCAACCACCACCGCCACAAUGCCAAUUGGCCCUGCAGACAACUCUACCGAGAGUGGGGGUGCUGGAGAGAGCAAGGAGGACAUGUUUGCCAAGCUGAAGGAGAAGUUCUUCAAUGGGAUCAACAAGAUCCCCUUACCUCCCUGGGCACUGAUCGCCAUCACUGUGGUUGCUGGCCUCCUGCUCCUCACCUGUUGCUUCUGCAUCUGUAAAAAGUGCUGCUGCAAGAAGAAGAAGAACAAGAAGGAGAAGGGCAAAGGCAUGAAGAAUGCCAUGAACAUGAAGGAUAUGAAAGGGGGUCAGGAUGACGAUGACGCGGAGGGGGCCCUGACUGAGGGAGAAGGUGAAGGUGAGGAGGAGAAAGAGCCUGAGAACCUGGGCAAACUGCAGUUUUCCUUGGAUUAUGAUUUCCAGGCCAAUCAGCUCACCGUGGGCGUUCUGCAGGCUGCAGAACUGCCCGCCCUGGACAUGGGAGGCACCUCUGAUCCUUACGUCAAAGUCUUCCUCCUUCCAGACAAGAAGAAGAAAUAUGAGACCAAAGUCCAUCGGAAGACCCUGAACCCUGCCUUCAAUGAAACCUUCACCUUUAAGGUGCCAUACCAGGAGCUGGGAGGCAAAACCCUGGUGAUGGCCAUCUAUGACUUUGACCGCUUCUCCAAACACGACAUCAUCGGAGAGGUGAAGUUGCCCAUGAACACAGUGGACCUCGGCCAGCCCAUUGAGGAGUGGAGAGACCUGCAAGGAGGGGAGAAGGAGGAGCCAGAGAAGCUGGGAGACAUCUGCACUUCCCUGCGCUAUGUGCCCACGGCUGGGAAGCUCACUGUCUGUAUCCUGGAGGCCAAGAACCUCAAGAAGAUGGAUGUUGGAGGCCUUUCAGAUCCCUAUGUGAAGAUUCACCUGAUGCAGAAUGGCAAGAGGCUCAAGAAGAAGAAGACAACGGUGAAGAAGAAGACCCUGAACCCGUACUUCAACGAGUCCUUCAGCUUUGAGAUCCCUUUUGAGCAGAUUCAGAAAGUCCAGGUAGUGGUCACCGUGCUGGACUAUGACAAACUGGGCAAGAACGAAGCCAUUGGCAAGAUCUUUGUGGGCAGCAAUGCCACAGGCACAGAGCUACGACACUGGUCCGACAUGCUGGCUAACCCCCGGAGGCCCAUCGCUCAGUGGCACUCGCUCAAGCCUGAGGAGGAGGUGGAUGCACUUCUAGGCAAGAAUAAGUAGGCAGCCAUAGCUGGGACCCUGCUCCCUUCACAGACACUGACGAGAUCCAGAGCUAUCAAUACCUCAGUUAUGCAACCUUAGAGGGGGUUUGUUGUUGUUUCUUUGUGGUUGUGUCCUUAUUUUUCCUCCCCUUAUCUCUUUUUUAAAAGACCAACUUCCCUCUGAUGGCUGUGUGAGGAGAGUCCCCUAAGAGGUGAAAGAGAUGCUUAGCUCUUUUCAUUGCCCCAGGAGCUGCCCUUGCUGCAUGCCUGGUCAUGUUUCCCCCUUAAUCUUUCAGUUUCACGUACAACUCACUGUGAGUGAGGCCGUCUUCUGGAAGAAGGUUGCAGCACUUUCCUGCUUUUGAGUGUUCCACACCAACAAAAUGGCAGCACAUCCCGUUUCCUGAUAGGGAAGGCAGUGCAUUGGCCAAUGAUCUGUGUGUGUGUGUGUGUGUGUGUGUGUAUGUAUAUGUAUGUAUGUAUGUAUAUAUAUAUAUAUAUAUAUAUAUAUAUAUAUAUAUAUAUAAAAACUUUGAGCAUCUCUCUUCAUUCCUGGAAUGAGUCAUGGACAGUUGUGUGGGAAGAAAUGUUUCUUCAGGAACCCUGAACUGAAGAAAAUCCACUGUCUUAAGUGGGAGAUCUUCUGUCAGCUUGUGGAGAAGACUCAGAAUCCAGGUCAUAUGCCAGAAAUUCCCAUUCUGCUUGUUGGUGGCUAUGUGGAAGGCAGCAAGAUGUGGAGAAUGGAUUUAUCCAGACCUAGGACCAAACCCCUGAUGCCAUCAUAGACUUCCUCCUCCUCCUGUAAGUCAUGGUUUCCUAGAAGUGUGGUUUCUGGGACAUUCAUGGAAAGAAACUAUUUGCUAGACUGGCCAAACUCUCAACAGGGACUCUCAGUCCCAGGACAUCACUCUUGUUGACAAUAUUAAACUAUGGAGAAACAGACGUCCCAUUACCCAGAAAGACCAAAAUGAAACUGCUGGAUCUCAACUUUCUUCUUGUGAGAAAC